UUUGGCGGGUAAAGAUGAACCUCGAUUUUUCUACUGCAAAACAAAAAACGAAAAGUACGCCUAGUAACUAAUAUCAGUGCAGGGAGAACCUGAACAUGGAUUCAGAAAGUGAUGCAUCCAUUGUCAGUGGCACAACAAUUCACAGUGGAAGUAUGUCCCCAGGUGUGGCAUUCAGUUUAUUAAAUCGAAAUAUUUGUGGAAAUGCUGCCAGCACAAGUGAUUACAAGUCUCCUAUAGUCCCCAUCACAAUAUCCAGAUUUCAGAAUGUAAUUGAGGAGCCUGUAUACUGCAAUCCAGGGAAAAGGAAAAAGCAGGUGACAAAUGACGAGGAGUCUGAUGAGGAGUCUAGUUACUCCAUCCUUUGUAACUACAAACAGAAGGCUUUUACUCAGGCUAAAACUCACCAGAGUCGUGAAGCUGUAAGUGUGGAAAGGCAUGGGGGACAGGGCGCAGUUAAUACACCACAGGGAUGCCAUGACAACAGAAAUGACAAGCAAGUAGAGAAUGUAACAAGUAUCAUCUCUAAAGGCUACAGUCCAAAAGAAACCGAGAGUCAAAGAUAUUGUCCAAAUGAGAAACCAAAGAGGAUAGUGAGAGAACUGGGAGGAACCAGACAGACGGAGGACCACCAAAAGGAGUCACAGGACAUGAACAUUUCCCAGACCGGAGGUUCUCAGGUGCUGUUUCCCGAUACCCAGAGUUCUUCUAGAAGUAUGGGAAAGCAGGUAGUUCCUUGUUCGCAAACUUCAAGUGGCACAUCAACAGUUUCCAGUAAAUUCAAAGAGUUGGAUAGCAACAUGACUAAAGAAGAUAUGGUGGAGGCAUUUGGAAAGAUAAAAAAAAUUCACACAAAAAUUCAAGAGAACAUGAAAGGCAAAGACAUGACUGAAGAACAGAGAGAGAAUUUGAAGAAAAAGUUAGCUGUUGUGCACAGUUCUUUGAAAAACAUAAGUGAGAAAAUGAACUAUGAAAAGGUGAGAGUAACAUUUGAUGCCAAGCACUCUGUAAAAACCGUAGAGGAUAAAGACAGACUACGGGAACAGAUGAGAGACCUAACACAAAGGCAGAGCACUCUUAAAGAGUUGUUAAUGAAGCAGACAGAGCUGACAAAGUACUUAAAACAAAACCCGGGCAAUUCAGCAGAAAGCCAGUUUCAGAAAAUGACGGCAAGAGGAGGAUCUAGUGUUUAUGCCAAUAAAGUGAAUGACUGGUUAAGCAGACACCAGACUUCAAUGUUGACGGUCUCUUCAGUGCAACAUUCCAAUUUACCUGCAAACAAACACUCCAAGAUAGAUCAGUCCUCUGGGUGUGUGGAGCCAGACUUGGCAGUGUCGGCUGGAACAUCAGGCACAGAGAAAGCUCAGGUUGUGCAACCCAAGACUGUCCUUACUGGGACAAUGAACAUUGAAAGCCAGGCACAACAAGCUGUUCCUCUAACUGCCACAACUUCGCAUUCAGGCAGAAAGCAACCAACCAGAACACACAUAUCCAAAUAUCCUAACAACAAUCUUGUAUCCAACAAUAAAAGUAGGGCAGCUUCCAGCAUUCCUCAGCUACAAAUCCCAGUUCAUAAUCCUCCCCCUCCACUUUCUUCCAGUAGUACAAUGCACAUGGAUCAGAUGAAGACAAAGAAAUCUCAUAGCUUUAAGAGACCAUCAGAAAUUAUAAAAUCACCUCCAUUGUUCAACCCAGACUCCUUCCUAAGAAAAACACGAAAGUCACCUCCAGUUAAAACAACAACUAUAUCAUCCUUCAAGUCGCCUCCAGUAUCUCUUUCGAGGCCCACAGAGGACAGAAAUAUUUCCCCCAGCACCGUCUGUUCCAGUGAUGUAUUCCCAGUGUCUUGCAGGGAGCUGAGUAGAAGAAUACAGGAACGAAUUGAAAGUCAGAAAGAGGCUGAAUCCCAACAAGCUUCCCAAAGUCAAAUGUUAUCAACUGGAUCACAAAUAAUGAGAAACGAACCUUGGCUUUCUCAGAAAAAUGGAUCUGGUGACCAGAGUAGGAAAGGAGCUCCACAGAGAAUCAUUUUCCACGGAUCUCAAGUGCAGCCUCAGCCUGCCACUAAAUCCAAUGCAAACACAUGCUUAAAUAUGGAAGAAGAAGACGAAGAAACCAUGAAGGAGAAAUAUGGUGGCUUAAAGUUUCCUUCCCUGCGAACUCUGAUAGAUUUAGAUGUGCUAUUUCCAGCAGAGAAAAUCUUGACUAUUCAGCAUGGUGGAAAAAUUUUCACAUCCUCCUUGACUGAUCUUGGAUUCAUCGAGAGCAAAGGUGGAGAGAUCUUUACCACUCCAGUGAAAUGGCUUAGUGCUGUGAAGGGAGGGGAAGUAGUCAAGAAAGGACAGGCCUACAAGGAGAUCAUGUAUGAUGGCCAUUCACUGAAAAGUUACAUAGAUGGUGAGCAAAAGACUUCCAUUGAAAAAAUCAGAGCAAGAGUACGAAGUGAUAUCUCCGAGUGCAAAGGACCAACAAAUAUUCCUCCAAACACUGAACAAUCUAAGUCAUCCAAAAGGCUGGUGGAAGAUGGUGACAAAGAGCUGACUGAACUGCUCUAUCAAUGCAAGCUCCAUCUGCUGGAUAACACAGAUCUCAUUCCAAUGGAUGACCUUCCAGAGAAUUUCUGGAGCAGUGAUUUCAGCAAUGUUCAUUUGUCUUAUGCUUUCUGGAAUCAAGUUGAUGACUGGGAUUCUUCAGUUGAAUCUUUGACACGACAGUGAACAAGAACAAACAUAUUUAUAUUUACCAAAACAUUUACUGAUUUAUAAUAGUAUAUCACAGAAUAAAAUGAAAGACAUUGGUACUCUCUAAUGAAACAACAAUCCUACUCCUAUACACAGUGUUUAUGUACAUCAUCUAAUUUCUAAAACAUUGUAUUAUCCAAUUAAAAGGAGAUCUACACAUA